AUGAAAGAAAACAUGUACCACCACCAUUUGUUGCAGAUACUGAGACUGAUAAAAAGUGCAUUGGAAGAUUUUGGAGAAUUAGAAAAUAAUAUAUCAUUACCAAUUGAAGAAACAUGGUAUUUACAAGCAGCAGUUCAGAAGAUGUUACAACCUCCAUCACUGGAAGAACUCAAUCGUCUUUUUCAUUCAUCAAAGAAAAUAGACGAAUUUCUUAAAAAACUUAUGGAAGAUUAUCAAAGUAAUAUAAGUAAUAAUCCACCACCAAUUAAUUUAGAUUCAAAAUUUAAUCAUAAAAUAGUUCUUGAAGAUCCAAAUAGAGUUACAUCAUUAAAAGCAUUUAGAACUCCUAUUAAUUUGAAAGAAGAACUUGAUAAGCAAGUUGAUACUUUAUCAAAAGCGGGAUAUAUUAAACCAUCUGUUUCAGAAUUUUCAUCACAUAGUUUCUUUGUCAACAAACAAGAUAAAUCUAAAAGACUAGUUAUUGAUUUUAGCGAUUUAAAUUCAAAUACAGUUGCAGAAGCUUCUCCAAUGCCAUUAGUUGAAGAUUUAGUAGAAAGUGUUGGAUCAGCUGGUUUUAUUUCAAAAUUAGAUUUAGUAGAUGGUUACCACCAGAUUCCAAUGUCAUCAGAUUCAGUUAAAUUUACAAGUUUUAGUACUACUUAUGGACAAUAUGAAUGGUUAGUUAUGCCAUUUGGUUUACGUAAUGCCCCUGCUACUUUUCAAAGAAUAAUGAAUAUGAUAUUUCAUGAUUUUAUUGGAAGAUUUGUUGUUGUUUAUUUAGAUGAUAUAUUAAUCUAUUCAAAAUCAGAACAAGAACAUAUGGAACAUUUAACUUUAGUAUUUCAGAAAUUACAUGAACAUAAUUUAGUUGCAAAACAGAAGAAAUCAGAAUUUUUCAAGAAAAGUACAACAUUUUUAGGUUUUAAAAUUAGUUCAAAUGGAAUUGCUACAGCAGAUGAUAAAAUUAAAGCUGUCAUGGAAUGGGAAUUACCAACUACACCAAGAAAAUUUCAACUGUUGUUUGGUUUUAUGUCUAAUUAUAGAAGGUUUAUUAAGAAUUUUUCAGCUAAAGCUAGACCAUUAAUAUUAGCAGGACUUAAACAAAUAAGAGCAAAUUCACCAGAAGUUAAAGAAGCAUUUGAACAAUUAAAGUUAGAUUUAAAAUCAUCAUUAGUAUUAAAACCACCAGAAAUUAAUGGUACUUAUAUGAUUACUACUGAUGCAAGUGAUUAUGCUCUUGGAGCUGUUAUUGAAAUUUUAGAUAAGAAAACUUCAAAGAUUAAAGGUACUGUUGCAUUUUAUUCAAAAGCUUUAGAUAAACACCAAAGGAACUACAGUAUUAGAGAGAAGGAACUUUUAGCAAUUAUACAAACUUUGACUAGAUUUAGACAUUUCUUACUUGGAUCCACCUUUGUUAUAAAAACAGAUCAUAAAUUACUACAAUAUUUACUUAAUAAUAAAGAACCACCAUCAUCAAGAUUAUCAAGAUGGUUAGAUGUGUUGUCAGAAUUCGAUAUUACUAUUGAUUACAUCAAAGGAAACACAAAUAUUGCUGAUGCAUUAUCUAGAAAAUUUACAGAGUUAGUUAAAUCAGAUACAGAUUAUGAUGCAGAUGAUUUAGAAGGUCUUACAAUUGCAAAUACUACUACUUUCCAUAUUGAAACACAUCCAUUAGGCGAAGAUAUACUUGAAGAAAUUAAAGAAGGUUAUUCUCAAGAUGAACAAGCUCAUGAAAUAUAUCAUUAUCUUUCAAAUCAAUUAGAUCCACCAAAUUCAAUCAAAUACAGAAUUAAGAAAUUUAAUUACAGAAAUGGUAUUUUAUAUUUUAAAGGAUUUGAUUAUCGGGCAGAUCCAAUUGAAUGA